AGCAGGAGGCGGAAAGGCUGCUGCCAGGGAACAGGCACUGCCUGGGGAAGAGCACGAACUCGCGGAGUUCCCUGCCUGUUCCAGCAAACUACCGGGACGAGGACUCAAUGGCCAGACCCUGAACUGCCAAGAUGUGCCGGCUGGAUUAUUUGGAUUCCAGCAGCACACAGAAGCUCUUGAUGAAAACAGGACUCAUCCUGAUAGUCAUUGGCCACCUGAACUUCAUUGUCAGUGCUCUGGUUCAUGGAACAGUGCUGCGCCACAUUGCCAACCCUCAGGAAGCCAUUUCACUGCAAUAUGCCAUUUCCAAUGUCAUUUCAGUGACCUCGGCCAUCUUGACAAUCUCUUGUGGAAUAGCUGGCAUUGUGCUCUCCAGAUACAUAUCCCAGAAAUCUCUGGGAUGGGUGGUCUUCUCCCUCAGCAUCAGCAGCGGCUUCCUUUCCUUGUUCUGCGCAGUGGGGCUGGCCGUCUCCAUCAUCUUCACUUUUGUCAACAAUGGGCGCGCCCUGCUGGCCUUGUGCACUUUUGCCAAUGUGGACUUCAUCCAGAUUGUGCACGAGUGUCCCUUUGACCCCACCCGGGUCUAUAGUUCCACACUGUGUCUUUGGGGUCUUUCGCUGCUCCUGGAAUGUGUAGAGAUCAUCUUUAGCAUCCGAUGCUUCCUGAUCCUGCUCCAGCUCCUGAACCUAAGGCUGUGUCGCAGAAGAACUCGCAAGAAAAAUGUCACACUGAAGUUCAUCACAGCCGAGAGCCGAGAAGUCUGCGAGGGCAGCGAUCUCCUGAGCCAAGAACGAGUGGAAACUGUGUGGCUCUAGCAGCAGCAACCAGACACUGAUGGCACCGUAUGGACUCUUCUGUGCUGCUUCCCGGCUUGACCGCUCUCGCCAUU